GGAGAGAAGAGGAGGAGGGGAACGACACAGACGGGGGAGAAUUCUUCUGUGAGGAAUUCGCUUUUUAAUGAGAAAGCGGAUCGCCGCGGCGCACUGAAGAGACGCAGGCAGCGUAGAAAGAAAAGGGUAGACCCCAAACAAUAAAAUAAAAAUAAAAAGCAAGAAGGCGAAAGCAGAGCGCGGACGGGGGGCAAACGCGACAAGCAGGAGAUAAGGGGAUUACAAACACCCGUAACUGAGAAAUAAAGAACUAAACAGGCGAUUUGAUGGUGUCUCCACACAGAAGUCAUCUAACGGACCGUAUCGAGGGGAGGAAUUUAAAUGCGCUCGGAUAAACCAUGCACAAUCUGUGGCUUCUAACUUUGGCGUUCAGUUUUCACAAAGUGUGGACGGCGAGGUUCUCCCAGGAGCCUGCGGACCAGUCUGUGGUGCUGGGGGAGAGGGCGGUCCUCUCCUGCGUGGUCUUUAACUACUCUGGCAUCGUGCAGUGGACCAAGGAUGGGCUGGCACUGGGCAUCGGAGAGGAUCUCCGCGCCUGGCCCAGGUACCGUGUGUUGCGUAGAGUGGAAGCAGGACAGUAUAACCUGGAGAUUUCUUCAGCCGAGCUUUCAGACGACUCCCUGUACGAGUGCCAAGCUACAGAGGCAGCACUGCGCUCUCGAAGAGCCAAGCUCACCGUCCUCAUUCCUCCAGAUGAGCCGGUGAUAGACGGGGGUCCUCAGAUCCUGCUGACGGCUCAGGUCCCCUAUAACCUGAGCUGUGUGUCCCGCGGAGCCAAGCCUCCCGCCACCAUCGAGUGGCUCAAAGAUGGAGUACCUCAGGAGGGUGCCUUCAGCGUCACUGAGGUCUUGGCAGACAGGAAGAGAGUGACGACGCGUAGCUUCCUUCCUGUCCUGCCUGUGGACACAGACACAGGCCGCAACUUCACCUGUGUCACCAGUAACCUGGCCAUACCUACGGGCAAGCGCACCACAGUGUCUCUCAAUGUGCACCACCCCCCCACGGUGACACUGUCCAUUGAGCCUCGCUCUGUGCUGGAGGGGGAGAGGGUCACCUUCACCUGCCAGGCCAACGCCAACCCCCCCAUCAUGGGCUACAGGUGGGCGAAGGGGGGCGUGCUGCUGGAGGGGGCGAGGGAGAGCGUCUUCGUGACGACGGCGGAUCACUCCUUCUUCACGGAGCCCGUCUCCUGCCAGGUGUUCAACGCCGUGGGCAGCACCAACGUCAGCAUCCUGGUGGAUGUGCACUUUGGUCCAGUCCUAGUGGUGGAGCCCCGCCCCCUCACUGUAGACAUAGAUUCUGACGUCACACUCAACUGCAAGUGGGCUGGGAACCCCCCCCUCACCCUGACCUGGACCAAAAAGGGCUCUAACAUGGUACUCAGUAAUAAUAAUCAGCUCUACCUGAAGUCGGUGAGCCAGGCGGACGCCGGUCAGUACGUGUGCAAAGCCAUCGUCCCACGCAUCGGCGUCGGGGAAACGGAGGUCACGCUCACCGUGAACGGUCCGCCGAUUAUCUCCAGCGAUUCGGUCCAGCACGCCGUCAGAGGGGAGAGAGGGGAGGUCAAAUGCUACAUCGCCAGCACCCCUCCCCCGGACAAGAUCGUGUGGGCGUGGAAGGAGAACGUGUGGGAGAAGGAGAAGGGCACGCUGCUGGAGAGGUACACGGUGGAGCAGAGCAAGCCGCACUCGCAGGGCGGAGCCGUGCUCUCCACCCUCACCAUCAACAACGUGAUGGAGUCCGACUUCCACUCGCCCUACAACUGCACCGCCUGGAACGCCUUCGGGCCCGGCACCAUGAUCAUCACACUGGAGGAGACCGAGAAUGUGCCGGUGGGGAUUAUCGCGGGCAGCACUGUGGGCUCCUCCAUCCUCCUGCUGCUCUGUCUGCUGGCUCUGGCACUCUUCCUGUACCGCCAACGCAAAGGCAGUCGACGGGGGGUGACCCUGGGGAAGCCGGACAUCAAGGUGGAGACGGUCAACAAGGAGACGCACAACCUGGAGGACGACGCCUCCACCGUCUCCACGGCGACGCGCAUGGUCAAGGCCAUGUAUUCUGUGAGUGUCCAACAAGGCAACGAGUUGGUCUUUGCGCAGGACCCCACUAACGGCUACUACAAUGUCCGUGCCACCACCCACGAAGACGCCCGGCCCUCCUCCCGCUCGAUGCUCUACCCGGACUACCGAACGACCAACCCCGCGGGCACCGCGGGCGGGGCAGGGGGCGGGGCCGGGGUGGGAGCGAGCGCGGCGGCCGCCGGGGGCGGAGCCGGAGGCGGGGCGAGGGGGGGCUGCUUCGACCCCCGCCCCCCGUCCCGGCUGUCGCACAGCAGCUACGCCCAGUUCAACACCUUCACGCGGGCGGGGCAGCCCCAGCAGGCCCCGCCCAACCCCGCCGCUCAGACCGCCGAGUUCCCGGGGGACUGCGGCCUGCUGGAUUCCUCCGCCCAGCUGGCCUACGACAGCUACGGCCCCACGCACUACCCCUACCGCCUGGGCUUCGCCCCGCCCAUGGAGGGCGGCCCGUCCUACGAAAUGUACGGGGCCGGGGCGGGGUCAGAGACUGUGCUGGGGAAGUACGGGACCUCCGCCCGUUUCUCCUACACCUCACCGCCCACCGACUACACCCACAGGCACACACAGAGAAUGCAGACCCACGUGUGAGAGGCACCUACACACACACACACACGCACACACACACACACACACCCUAUACACUAUACAUUAUACACACACAUACACACCCACAGGCACACACAGAGAAUGCAGACCCACGUGUGAGAGGCACCUACACACACACACACACACCCUAUACACUAUACAUUAUACACACACACGCACACACCCCCUAUACACUAUACAUUAUACACACACAUACACACCCACAGGCACACACAGAGAAUGCAGGCCCACGUGUGAGAGGCACCUACACACACACACACACACACACACCCUAUACACUAUACAUUAUACACACACACGCACACACACACGCACACACCCCCUAUACACUAUACAUUAUACACACACAUACAUACCCACAGGCACACACAGAGAAUGCAGACCCACGUGUGAGAGGCACCUACACACACACACACACACGCACACACACCCACAGGCACACACAGAGAAUGCAGACCCACGUGUGAGAGGCGCACACACACACGCACGCACAUACACACACAUACACUCAUGCACACACACGCACACACACACAUACACAAACGCACAUACACGCAUGCACACACACGCACACACACCCUAUACACUGUGCACUAUACACACACGUACACUCACUGUACGCUACAUAUGAUAUGCACUACAUACACUUAAGAACAUGCAUACGCAUACGCGCACAUACAUGCAUACACACGCUAUAGACUACACACACACACCAUACACUGUACACACAUGUACACACACAUGCCACACAAGCACUCGCACACACACACUGCAUAUCUACACACACACGCUGCAUAUCUCUACACACACGCACCCACACACUGCAUAUCUACAUACACACACACACACCCACACACUGCAUAUCUACACACACACGCACUCACACACUGCAUAUCUACACACACACUCGCACACACACGCACCCACACACUGCACACCCUGAAAGCGAAAGUCACAAUCAGGAAAGUUUAAAGAAGGACGUCAGUAUCAAUAACAGAGAGAGAAGAUUGAAUAAGUUUGGGGGAGAACGCAUCCAUCUCCUUCACGUUUCCUUUUUAAACUUCUCACCCUCUCUUUCUCUCCCUGACCCUCUUAUUCCCUCCCUCCAUAUCUCUCACUCUCUCUCGCUCUUAUUCUUCCCCUCGUUCCAUCACACCUUCUCCCUCUAUCUACCUCUCUCCCUCUCCUCUGCCCCUCCUCCUCUUUCUCUUGUUCCCUCUCUCCUCCUCCUCGUCUUCCUUUCCCCCGCUCUCUCCCUUUCUCUUUCUUCUUUCUCUCCUCUUUUACUUCCCUUGUAAAUAAACCCAGUAGAGACAAAUUUAAAGAGUGAAAAUAAAUAAAUGUUUUUAAUUAUAAUCUUCCCAUGUAAAAAGUUAUACAGUUGAAAGCACUAUAGACACUCCAUAUCUCAAUCCCUGCAACCUGCCACAGUCGAAUCUCGCAUGGAAACCAAGCCACACCCCCGAGCAACCAAACCACGCCCAGUCCAUCCAGAGGAGGCCAGUUGAAAACUCUCGUGUAACAAUUGUCCGCCGAAGACAAAAGUGCCAAGAACGAGCUGUCAUUUUUCUUCAUGCUGCAUCACACUGGGUGUACACGUGUGAGGAGCCGUUUCUACACGCUACAUGGUACAUGGGGUUUGGAAGCCGUGUUCUGGUUUUAACCAUAGUUACUCCGUGGUCUCUCUAUGUGAGUUGGGGACUCCCAAAAUUUGUACAGAAACCUGAAUAUUAGCGUACUUGUCUCUCUCACUUGCACAGUAGACUAGAAAUUAGGUUUUUUCAUGUUUAUAAGUAAAACGGUUAAAAAAAAUGACAUUUAGAGGCAUUUUUACAGUAUUUUUAUAAGGAGUUGUGGACCAAAGGUUCAAAGUUAUGUGUGACAUUUACUUCAGACUCAAAGAAGGAAGUAGAUCUGAAUCAGACUGAGGGAGAGAAGUCCCAGGAUACACUUGGGCUGAGGGGCGGGGCUUGAGAGAACGCUCCAGAGGAGGACUUGCUCUUUACUUUUUCAAGCAGAGACCACGCCCCCUUGUCAGUGACUGACAGGUGUUAAUGGCCGUGUGCCCUCAGCAGACUCCCUGAUGGAAGAAGUGUUCAUCGCUUUUCUUUGUUUUUUUUUUUUGUUUUGUUUUUUUAACGCUCUGUGCUUGUUUUUUUUUUUUUUUUUUAAACCCGAGGUAUGAAUAAUUGGUUUUUUGAAGGCUAAAGGAAUGUAUGACCAGGCUACUGUAUGUUACAUACAGCUUUUUGUGAGAAGAGGGGCAUAGAUGGGAGGGGGAGGGGCAUGUACCAAAAGGGGGAGGGGCUUGUGUUUGAGCUGAUCACGUGAUCAUGUCAGAGUCAACAGCUGACGGCCAUGCCGCUCUCGGUAAAGAUGACUGACAGGAGGAAAAACCUCACGAACACAAUGCAUAACUGUAUAAAUACUGUGUGUGACCAUAGGACCCUGUGUGACUGGUUGUUUUGUUCGUGAUUAUUAUGUGUGACCACGUGAUCGUUUCUGACCGUAUGUGGCAGUAUGCAACCGUGUCUGGCCAUGGACUGUGACUGUGUGACAUAUGUAUGGACGUGAGACCACAUACAUGACUGUGUGAUUGGGUGACCCUAUAUUUGACCAUAUGCGUGACCAUGUGGACUGUGUGUGACAUAUUCCACCACGUGUGACAUUUUAAGACCAUAUGUAUGCCUGUACUAUGGUAUGACAGUAUGUGUGAUCUUAGGCAUCCAGGUACGUGACCAUAUGUAUUACCGUGUGUAUGUCAGUAUGACGGUGUGUAUGUCAGUAUGACAGUGUGUAUCUCAGUAUUAUCGUGUGUAUGUCAUUAUGACAGUGUGUAUGUCAGUAUGACAGUGUGUGUGACGGUAUGACAGUGUGUGUGACGGUGUGCAUGUCAGUAUGCCAGUGUGCUUGUCAGUAUGACGGUGUGUAUGUCAGUAUGACGGUGUGUUUGUCAGUAUGAUUGUGUGUGUGACGGUGUGUAUGUCAGUAUGAUGGUGUGUGUGACGGUGUGUCUGUCAGUAUGACGAUGUGUGUGACAGUAUGACUGUGUGUGUGACAGUAUGACAGUGUGUAUGUCAGUAUGACGGUGUGUGUGAUGGUGUCUGUCAGUAUCACGAUGUGUAUGACAGUAUGACGGUGUGUGUGACAGUAUGACGGUGUGUGUGAUGGUGUCUGUCAGUAUGACGAUAUGUAUGACAGUAUGCCUGUGUAUGUGACAGUAUGACGGUGUGUGUGAUGGUGUCUGUCAGUAUGACGAUAUGUAUGACAGUAUGCCUGUGUAUGUGACAGUAUGACGGUGUGUUUGUCAGUAUGACGGUGUGUGUGACAGUAUGACUGUGUGUGUGACAGUAUGACGGUGUGUUUGUCAGUAUGACGGUGUGUGUGACGGUGUGUAUGUCAGUAUGACUGUGUGUGUGACAGUAUGACGAUGUGUGUGACGGUGUGUAUGUCAGUAUGACUGUGUGUGUGACAGUAUGACGGUGUGUGUGAUGGUGUCUGUCAGUAUGACGGUGUGUAUGACAGUAUGACGGUGUGUAUGUCAGUAUGACGGUGUGUGUGAUGGUGUCUGUCAGUAUGACGGUGAGUAUGACGGUGUGUGUGAUGGUGUCUGUCAGUAUGACGGUGUGUAUGACAGUAUGACGGUGUGUUUGUCAGUAUGACAGUGUGUUUGACAGUAUGACGGUGUGUGUGAUGGUGUCUGUCAGUAUGAUGGUGUGUAUGACAGUAUGACGGUGUGUUUGUCAGUAUGACGGUGUGUUUGUUAGUAUGACGGUGUGUGUGAGAUGGUGUCUGUCAGUAUGAUGGUGUGUAUGACAGUAUGACGGUGUGUUUGUCAGUAUGACGGUGUGUUUGUUAGUAUGACGGUGUGUGUGAUGGUGUCUGUCAGUAUGACAGUGUGUAUGACAGUAUGACUGUGUGUGUGACAGUAUGACGGUGUGUUUGUCAGUAUGACGGUGUGUUUGUUAGUAUGACGGUGUGCUUGACCGUAUAGGUUCCUCAGACUGACCAUGUAGCAUCUUAUCUUCUCUGCUUUCACUGCAGUUUUUCAGACAAAACUUGAUUUUAUCUUCCAGAGCUGACGCUUUUUUUUUUCUCCAUGUGAACCCAUGGAUAUGAGCUCCUGUAAAAGAGACAGGAAUCCAAUCUUAUUUCUUUUUCUUUUCUUGCCGAUUUAAAAAUUUCAUACAUUAUUUUUUUAUUGUUCAUGAAUGCCUUCCUAUUUUGAAUUCAAUACGUUUAUGUUAGUAUUACUCUGAUGAGGAUUAUGACUGUAGUAAUGUACACGUGCCAUAUAUCUCGUUUUUUUUUUGUUUGUUUAGGGUUAGGGUUGUUUCUCUGACUCCCUUUCACACUUUUGCUGAAAAUCUGCUGCUGUUUCCAUAACAACAGAAGGUCCCCGUCUCUGAGGAGAGUGACCAAUCAGAGAACGUGCAGGGACGGGGUCUUGCUGCUUUGGAGGGAGAUUCAAAUGUGUCCUCUGCUGUGAUUGGCCAGGACUGUGCCUGCGUUUAAAUGCCAAGGGGGAGGGGCUGCAGAGCGGGCUUUUGUUGUGUAUUUGCGGCCGGUACGUACUGGGUAGGGGCUCCAGUGACACAGUCACGCCGUCCAGGUUGUGUUAGGCUGCCAAUGCGGUCGAGCACAUGCAGUCUAGAUCUUGUGAUCGCACGGCCGCGCUGUUUGUAGCAAGUGGCAUGUGGGAGAAAGUUAAAAGUAAAUAAAUAAAU